AUGAAACAAGAGAAGAAGAUUGAUGAUACAAUAUCUAAUGGUACACUUCGUUCAGAGCCUGCAACGGCAUCAGCCGUUAUGAACGCUGCAUUUAAGCUUGGAAGCGUAUUAAAUGCGACUAGCACAAUUGAGUCCACUUAUCCUAAUUGGGUCGGUACUGAACUUGAUACUUCAUUUUCCUAUGCAUGUUGGCGUAGAACUCAUAUUGCAAAGACAUGUCCUCUAGGGUAUGAAAAACGUAUUGGCAUUUGCUGGUCACAAUGUCCCUAUUCGUAUCCUGUCGAGUGCGGCCUCGAGUGCAUCCGACAGAAUGAUAAUUGUGCUCUUGCCAUUGUUACAAAGGUAGCAGUUGUAGUCCAGACAACUCUUGCGUUAUCGGCAUGGAGUGUUUACGGUGAUAUGACAAAAUGGGCAAAAGGUGUUCAACUUGCGAUCAAAUGCACCAAGUAUAUGAUCAGUCUCUCAAAGUCGCUGGUUAAAUUUAUCCGCUACAUCAAAGUCCAUGAACCAAAUGCAACAAAAGACAAGAUUUUCUCAAUUCUUUACCGAAUUGAUAACGUUAUCAUUGACAUUCCUGUGUCGAUUUCCUAUUGCCUUGGAAAAAAAGUGCCCGAUGAUGUCAAGUUUACUGACAGUGUGCUUAUGACUGCAGAGUACGCUAUAAAAGAAAUCAUUACUUAUGGUGGCGGUAUCCUAUCAAGUUGGAAUGCAUUUACAAAAUUUAUGAAAAGAAUCAUGCUGGGAGAUUCGCUUGCUUCAUUGACUGAAACAGACAUCACGUCUCUAAAGUCUAUGCUCGAAUCCGACUCAACCUGUGGUUACGACAUGAAACGUCUGGUGGAUCGUACGUGGAUGACAGUGGCAGAACUGCGCCGAUUGAAUCCUGAAAUAUCUGAGAACGAUAUCCGAGUAUUCAUGAGUCAAUCAAACCUUGUGCAGAAUGAUAUUCCCACUGCUACAAACAAUUGUAUACCUGAGAUGAUAAAACACCGUGAUAUUAGUACAGCAUACGUCACCCGUAGCAUACUACGUAAGGCAUUUGGAGUCAUCAUAGAUGAUUUAGUCAAGUCGGGAACGAGCAACAACGGCACAUUUCUCACUGCUGAAGAAUACGCGGUAAGAAUUGCCGACAGAGCUAUUGCUGUCUGGGCCAUUUGGGACAUGUAUUAUCUUUCUAGUGUAAUGUCCGAGUAUUUUCAGCCCCUUUGCAGUCAACCUGAACUCAUGGGAGAGAUUGACGACGGCAAUGUGACAAUGGCACUGGGGAUGUCGAUUGUUGGAGACGCCUUUAAGAACAGUGAUGGCACGUGGACAAAGGUUAGCGACGGCUUUAUCACCAUUACGUUCAAGAGCAUUGAUGCAAAAGAGGUGACUGUGCAUAUCAAGUCCGGAGGUGACAAGGUUGACGAAGUUGGUGUCCUACCAGGUGCGACUGUGACAUGGAAGUCGAGCGUAGCUGCACUGGGAGGGAAGACGCUGUAUCUGGAUAGCUGCCGACCGGGCUUUCUGGGUUUUCCGCACACUGGAGGUGGCUCGCUGCUUUUGUGGAUCCCUCGAUCGACUCAAGGUGGCAGUCUGCAACUUACUGCGGUAUUAAAUAAAUCUUAA